AUGUUGGGUCCAAAUUCCUACCUUUCUGAACCAACUGCAGAAUAUGCUGAAUACCUUAGAGUUACAAACCCCAUCCCAGACCUCGCGGACAUAGGAGGCAGUGAACAAGCCCGUCAAGCCCUCCAGAAUCUCUUCAAUCCCAGCCGUAACGUCACGAUCCCCACAACUGGCUUCACUAUCACCGACUUCACCAUUCCUGCUCGAGAUGGCUACAGCCUUCCCAUACGCUCCUAUAUCCCGAGGGCCCAGAAAACACCACUUGGCCUGUUAUCAUAUGGAGCCACUACGGAGGAUGGGUUUUCGGCGGCCUGGAGAGCGACGAUACCCUCUGCCGAGUUGAACGAUGUUCAUGACACCGUCAGAUGGGUAUCCGCAAACCCGGAUAAACUCAACGCAGACCUCACCAAAGGCUUCAUCAUUGGCGGCACAUCAGCUGGCGCCAACAUGUCCUCCAUCGUAGCGCAUCUCGCCCGCGACGAAAAUCUUACACCCCCACUAACUGGGCAGCUCCUCAGUCAGGGGAACUUCUUUAGCCGUGGCCACCUCGAUUUUAUCCCCGAGGAACUGCGCGCUGAGUAUACUUCCGAUAUCGAUAACAAAGAUGCAGUAAUCAUUAGCGCAAAAUCUAUGGAGUACAUUUUCAAUACAGUAAAACCGGAUCCGACAAGCCCCCUUUUCAGUCCGGUGUUGUUUAAGUCGCAUAAGGGACUUCCGAAAGCCUUUUUUGAGGUUGCGGGAGGUGACCCGCUAAGAGACGAUGGAUUGAUCUACGCAAAGAUCUUGCAGGCGAGUGGGGUAGAGACGAGAAUGAAAAUCUUCCCAGGGCUGCCACACACAUUUUAUGAGUUUUCACAAUGGAAGGCGGCGGGAGAGUGGAUUCCUAGUCUGGUGGAGGGUGGAAAAUACUUGCUGGGACGCGCGUAG